CCAUCGAGGAGCUUUUCAAUGACAUGCACAAAGUGAUAAUGCAUCGACAUGCAGACACAUGAUGGUCUCUCCACAUACACCGCACACGCAACCACACCACAGCCCCACGUCGAUCAGAGGACCAGCCCUCAGCCACGGACAAAUAGCAACGAAUGACACUGCGACACGAGACGGCAAAAAGCUUAGUACAUCACCCAGUGUAAUGUCUCAUUGCCAAAUGUCUAUCUGUCGGUCAGCCUCAUUCCCUGUUUCUUUCUUUCUUUCUUCCUUCCUUUCUUUCUCCCUCCCUCCCCUGUCUGUUCAUGAUAUCGGUCUCACUGCUUGUUCGUUCACUGGCUGACGUCCUUCCUGCUCGCCUCCUUGACGAGUGUCGCCUUGGCGUCAUCCACCAAGUUCUGCAUCGGGCAUAUCUGCGACUGCUCGUACACCUCCAUUAUGUCCCCAGGGCGGCCCGCCCCGGGAUAGGCAUUGUCUUCACUCGCCACACUCUCGAUUCGCACGUGCUGGUCCUGGCUGCGGGCAUACCAACGUGACAAAGAGAGAGGGACACACAGAGAGAGACAGACCGUGAUGGGUAGUGUCUCAUUAUUGGGUGGCGCCGUACCUGUAGAGGCGGUAUAUCAGCUCAAACCCACAUUUGCCGAGCUCGGACUUGGCGCACCAGGCCUGGACGUACUCGCACUGGCUGGGGCUGCACAUGCCCUCCACCCCCAGCACCUUCUGCCGCACCCCCACCGCCCACUUCAUCUUCUCACCCUGCUUCUUGGGCGGCUCAUUGCCCAUCCACUGCUCGCACACACACGUGCUCUGCUCCAGCUCGUCGGCAAAGGACACGCUCAUGGGUGUGAGGUAGAUGGCCGACCACACCAGCUGCACCUUGUAGACCUGCCCGAGGCCAGAGGGGUCAGCCGUGCUCUCGACGAUGCUGAACUCGCCCUCCAAUUCUUGCACUAGCAAGGGAACAGGAGGCAGGCAGGGAAGGAGGAAGCGUGGCUUGUGUGUUUGCUUCGUCGCGUUGCUGUGGCAUGCCAUACUCGUACCGCUGUCGAAUGCGUUGGCGUCAAAGCACGUCUUGGCAUCCGUGCUCUGGAACGAUCGGUCAUACAUAUAGAACUGCCCAAAGCCACCAGCCAUCACCCGCGGACCAAACAACACCUUGGUCUGCCGGUAGGUCAGCGCCCCCACAGGAUUGCUGCCCACCGGGGAGCACGCCUUCUCCCACACGCCACACAAGGCGUCAGGGCUGUCGGGCACCAUCAACCUGGCCCUGCCAUACUCCCAC